CCAAACCACCACAACCACCAGUCCAGCCAGUCCAUAUUCUUAAUUCAGUGCACCAGUAUCAUUAUUUCAACAUAUCGUACGAGGAUCACAUUUUGCUCAUGGCCUCCGCUGCGUUCUAGGUGACUCGGGAGGCCCUCGGUCCGUCUGAGGGUCUCUCGAUCUCUUCUCACCAGGCAGCCCAAGCAAAUCCUCGUUUACGAUAUCAAAUCUCUUUCGGGAGCUCUACCGCAUAGGAGCUCAUUUAGACAUCACUGCUCUCGAAAUUGCACUGCACACAACCAAAGAAAGCACCCACGAGUCUAUAGCGACUAAAGGUGCUUUGGACGACUUCUCACCUCUCUCUCUCACCCUCACCCAUCUCUCACAUUUCUCACUUCUCCGUCACCAACUCCUAAUACCUACUCUUAUCCCUCCCCGACGACUAUCUCAAGAACCAUGUCUCGUCUCUACCACCGCAGCAAUCGUGGCCGCCAGCCCGUGGUGGCUACACCCAAAUUCCCCAAUCUCAAGCAACGUCUAGUUGAUGCAUAUCAAGCACCCAAUGCAAAGAAGAACAAACCAUCGCGCAAACAAGCAGUGACAAACAAGAAACGCAAGCGAACUGCAAGUACAUCCUCGGAGUCAUCGUUGACUGACCUCGGGACCGAGACGGGAGACGAGGCUUCGGAUGAAGAAAGCGACGAAGAGGAGGCUGAUGAUGAAGAUGAUCUGCCAGCUGUCUCGGCCCCGUCUCGUUCUCGCACACUGAACGGGGCGGGGCGCAAGGUAGAACCUCGUGACAGGGAUGACAUCUCUGUCGCUCCCAGUGUCGACAGCAUGUUUGGUGACUAUGCAGACUACUAUGAGGAAGAUGACGACCCUAUGCUUUCACCAGAAGAAAACCGCAAACGCUUCGAGCAUCAGGUGUUUGAUUCUGAUGACGAAAAUGACAUUUAUCAAGCGGUUGACGAUAUCAGCGAUUCUGAUGCUGAAAUGGACGAAGGCCGUCUUGAAGAACAAGAAUUGCUUGCCAUGUUGUCGGAAGAAGGCAAUAGCGACGCAGACUUUCUUCUGAACCAGAUCGAUGGCUUGUCCGCUUAUGGCUUUGGUGAUGACAGCGAUGCCAGCAUUCAGCGCUACCCGUCAUCGCAGAGUGAGAGCGGUGAUACAGGCGUCGAGCGCCAUGUGCAUUUCGCCGUAGACAAUGACCCCAGCCUGUUCUUGACGCGUAUGUCAGAGUCUCCGACCAUUACUCGUGCAUUGCUUCCUUCAGCACUUCCAGAAUCUGGGGUUCCCAGCAUUCCAGAGAGGCGAUUCAUAGGUCUGGCCGACGACGAUGAUUCUGACCUGACUGAUGACUGUCUGCCAACUCAACCUCGUCAGCCGACGCAGCACGAUAUUGAGCCCCCGAAGGGAUCUUCACCAUCUACAUCUCCUUCUGCCAAGAAGGCAUCGAAGAAGACGCCUCGUCGUCGAGGCCCUCCUCGUGGUAUCUUCAUCGACGAUGGCAACAAGACCUCUGGCAUUCUCGAUCCAUCAGGAAAGAUCAUUCUCAUGACAAACCCACAUCUGCUAGGUGAAGAAUUUGCUCGUCGUUAUGGAGCUUCGCAGACGUCUAGCCCGGACAUUGGCUUUGCUGAACUUAUCGAGGACAGCGACGCCGGCGAUGCUGACACAUCCAAUGCUGGCGUUCUUGGAGCUCCAGGUGCUGACAUCAUGCUGGCGAGUCUCAACUCUGCCAUUAACGACCCUGCCAAUCUUGGCCAGGCUAUCGGACCUCUUGAAGCAUUUUAUCCCAACCCAAACUUUGUGCUUGGAGAUUUUGCCAUCGACCCAGAUGAUUUGGAGGAGAACUUUCGCCCUAUCGUGGAGACUGGAGAAGACGUGAUGGACCUUCGCGAUGUGAUCAAGUUUGAUGACGAGACAGAUGACAGUGAUGCACCAACUUCACCAAUCUUCAUGCCCCCCAAGCUCGAGCUCUCUGCUUCAGGCGAGGUGAGAAAUCAGGCAUCGCCCUUCAGCAACAAUAUCAUGGCAUUCCGACGUGAUGCUGAAGCCAGAUUUGCUGUGCUUGACAACACACCGAAGCUGCGAGGUCACGUCGAAUUGUUCAACUCGCCGUUCGCCACGCCAACACCAAACAAGCGACGGCGCAAGAAUCACGCGUCCCCCUACACUUCUUCGCACUACAAGGGCGUGACCCCAGUGCAACGAAUGUGGGAUCCUACUCAACCUCAAACUCCCGAAGCAUCGACACCCACUGCUUCCAAAAGGCGCAAGGUAAUGAUUUGAUGAGAUCACGGUGGACAUGAACAUCUUGUUUCAACAUGUCGAGUUUUUUAUGGGCGGACCUAUCUUGCAGGCGAGCCAUGUACGAAUGCGGAUCAAUCAUGUGGCGUUGAUCUAAACUAAAGGUAUUAUUUCCUGUUGACUUCCCUGGUAUGGGCAGGUAUUUUCCAUCAUUCUCGUUGUUGGGUUUUCAGAUUCGCAGGAAAGAAAAAGAAAGGGCGAGAAGAAGACAAAAAAAGAGAUUUAUGAGAAGUACCCGAAAAACAGUUGGCUUUGCUUUAUUUCCUACUAUUCAAUCGUUUCGAAACAACGCAGGGGAGGUCAAUGUGUGUCAGAUAAGGAAUGCUAGGCUUCAAAAGGGGGCGUUGUAGAUCUCAUGAGAGCAAUUGUUGAAUGAUCAAUGAUAAAAUUAUGUUCAAAAAGA